AGCGGAGCGGUGGCUGGGUGGUUUGUGCGUUGAUGGUCGGUAAGUGGCCGGGCUUCGAGGCGAUGCGAUCUGGGCCCGAGUUUGAGGCAGUGCCGCCGCGCUGCCUGGAGGAGGCUGCGUGCCCCACAGCGGUGGGCUGGAGCUCUUGCCGCUUCUGCUCCCGUCGGGCUCCCCGCUUACCCUGGGCCGCCUUCGGCCUGCUGGCCCCUCGGCUUUGGGUGCAUUCACCGGGCCCGGACUGCGGCCGGGAGACGCCGCGCAACUGUGGCCACCGGACCUUUCUCCCUCGCUGGGUGCUGUUCCAUACCGGCCCCCUCAGCCCGUACUUGAACCGCCCGCUUGUCUUUUAUUAGUCAGACGUUGAGGCCACUGUCUGGAUCAGAGGGAUUUUUGAUUACAAAUGGAGAAGAAGCUAGCCACACAAGGAGGACAAGCUGGUGCUGGAAAGAUGGCAGCCUUGGAUGGUGCAAAGCGUGUCCUGGAAUCUCAGCGAAAUUUACAGAAUCAGCCACCCUCGAGGAACUUGCCAGCUCAACAAGUGGCACCUAUUUGUAAUGUGGGCCAGCAGCGUGCACCUCUUCAAGCACGGGUUUUGACUGCCAAUUCUGUUCCAAACAAGAGCCAGGUGCCAGCUGAUCAAGUAAAACAGACAAUGCCAGUACCUCCACAUUUGAAGCAGGCUGGCCAAAAAGUUGUUCAGCAAACUUGUGAACCUGCUAGAAAUCCAACCACCACGCAGCCUGCUGAGGUUCCAAAUGAUGGAAAAACUGCAAAGAAAUCAGUGGAUUGCCAAAAUGCAAGUGAAAAGAAAAAAAAACAGUGGUGCUUGGAUGACUUUGAAAUUGGUCGUCCACUUGGAAAAGGUAAAUUUGGAAACGUGUACUUAGCCCGUGAACGACAGUCCAGAUUUAUCUUGGCAUUAAAAGUGCUUUUCAAAUCUCAACUUGAGAAAGCUGCUGUGGAACACCAACUCAGAAGAGAAGUGGAAAUUCAAUCACAUCUCAGGCAUCCCAAUAUUUUAAGGCUAUUUGGUUACUUCCAUGAUGCUUCCAGAGUUUAUUUGAUCUUGGAGUAUGCUCCUCGUGGUGAACUUUACAAAGAGCUGCAGAAAUGCGGAAAGUUUGAUGAUGGACGAAGUGCCACGUAUAUGUCUGAGCUGGCUGAUGCCCUUGUAUAUUGCCAUUCAAAGAAGGUGAUUCAUAGGGACAUUAAGCCAGAAAAUUUGCUGCUCGGAGCAAAUGGAGAACUGAAGAUUGCAGAUUUUGGAUGGUCUGUGCAUGCUCCAGCAUCUAGGAGAGCAACAUUGUGUGGUACCUUGGACUAUCUGCCACCAGAGAUGAUUGAAGGAAAAAUGCAUGAUGAGAAUGUUGACCUUUGGAGCCUUGGUGUUCUGUGCUAUGAAUUUUUAGUAGGCCGUCCUCCAUUUGAAGCAGCGGAUCGUCAAGAAACCUUUUGGAGAAUUUCUAAAGUUGACCUUAAGUUUCCAUCCUUCGUAACAGAGGGGGCAAAGGAUCUAAUCAGUAGAUUGCUUAAACACAACCCCAAUCAACGGCUAGCACUGAAAGAAGUACUUGAACAUUCAUGGGUGGUUAAAAAUUCCACUAAACCAGCCACUCAUAAAAAGGAGCCUUUGCCUUCAUCUAAUCCCAAUCCUUAAACCAG